CACCGCAUGCCAUCCAUUCAGACCGUCCGCGACGCGAAACGAAAGGAAACGGCCGCGAUGAGGAUUCCGGCCGCCGUUGUCCUGCUGUCGUUGGCGGUUUGCUGCGCGCAGGAGGAGAACAGAGAUCCGAAACCGCAUCCGGAACUGGCCAAAUUGGUGACGAAUUGGGCGCAUAAACUUUCCGGUGAGCUAUGGAGUUUCGGGAAUCUCGUUACGAGGAGAUCCAAAGUUAUGGAGAGUUACAAAGACACAAACGUGAUACGAGAGGACGGCGAAACUAUUUUAAAAGAUAUACAUGAAAAAAUCUCGGAAAUGAUGAAGCAAAAAGUGAAGGCUGUCGAGAGAAUCAUGGACGUGGCAGAAAACGCGGCCAAACAUCAAAAAGACGACGACAUCGACGUCAAUUUUCAGUUCUACAACGCCAAGAACCUCACCAAUCCCGUGAGGGAAGAAAAUGAGCCGACCACCAAACAACCCCACAAGCCAGAAACGGACGAACUGAAAAUGAACGACUUUUCUUCCGGCGAAAGCUUCGAUUACCAACAAGAUCAGGACGUCGAUAACGACGAUUCGUCCAAAGAUUCCGAGUUUACGCCAGUCGAAAUCGAUUUGGAAGUGACCGACGGCAGCGAGAAAGAUCCACAGGCGAGUCAGACACAGCCGAAAGAUAAAACUAAGUUGCCCCUGUACAGGAACAGACACUUCUACAACAUUCCCGUCAACACCAAUCACAGUGCCGUUCACGUACCCAGCAACGUUUACGAACGAUCGAAAAACGUGAUUUCGGGCAUAAUAUGGUCGGAGGAACUGGACAAAACGUUCCGCAACAAUUACAAACAAGAUCCCACGCUUUCUUGGCAAUAUUUCGGAAGCUCCACCGGUUUUAUGCGACAAUUUCCUGCGAUGAUUUGGAGUCAAGAGCCGAUCGACCUGUUCGACUGUCGCACCAGAUCCUGGUACAUAGAAGCGGCGUCUUCGCCGAAGGACGUCGUAAUCCUGGUGGACAGAUCCGGUUCCAUGACCGGCAUGAGGAGGGAGAUCGCCCGUCAUGUCGUCUAUAAUAUUUUGGACACGUUAGGCAACAACGAUUACGUCAACAUUUACACGUUCAGUAACACGACCGAUCCUUUGGUGCCCUGCUUCGAGGACAUGUUGGUGCAAGCGAAUUUGGCGAACGUGCGACUGUUGAAAGAGAGCAUGACCAACUUUAAAACGGAACAAAUCGCCAAUUUUUCGGACGCCUUGAUAACGGCGUUCGAGCUCCUGGAGGAGUACAGGGAAAGCGAAAAACCCAAAGGAGCCAACUGCAACCAGGCAAUAAUGCUGAUCACUGACGGGGUCCAGUACAACUACAAGGAAAUAUUCGAGAAGUACAACUGGGGCGACUUACCGUUCAUGAACGUGAGGGUGUUCACUUAUCUGAUCGGUCGCGAAGUCUCCGACGUUCGGGAAGUUAAGUGGAUGGCGUGCGCCAAUCAAGGUUAUUACGUGCAUUUAAGCACCUACGCGGAAGUACGGGAGGAGGUGUUGCAGUACAUUCCGGUGAUGGCGCGUCCGAUGGUGUUGAACGCCAAUCAGAAACCGAAUCCGACUUGGAGUCCGGUUUAUGCGGACGUGACUGAUCCGAAGUUAACGAACUGGCUGUGGGUGAACAGGGAACGGAACCGGCAAAGAGAAAAAUUUAUGAUGAAGGACAAGGCUUUGAUGACGGUCGAACAGGAUAAGAGAUUUGUGCACCAGCAAAAAAUUAAACAGGAUAAUUACGGGGAGUUACAGACUUAUCAUCUGAUGACUUCAGUGUCGCUUCCGGUUUACGACAAGAAACCGAGAGCGAAUAUCACCGAAAAAAUUCAAAUAAACGAAGCGAAAUGGAUGAUGGUGACCAGAGAGGAACGAGUUGCUAAUCUUUUAGGAGUCGCAGGGACUGACAUACCCAUUGAAUACAUCAAGAGAUUAAUGAUGCCUUACAGGCUUGGAGUCAACGGCUACGCAUUUAUAGUAACAAACAACGGUUACAUAUUAACCCACCCCGAUUUGCGACCAGUUUACCAGGGAAUAUUGAAGCCGGCUUACAACCGGGUGGAUGUGACAGAGGUGGAAGUAAUGGACGACGACAACCAUCCCAGGGAGUUCAGCGACGAAAUCCGAGAACUGAGAAACAACAUAGUGAUGCAGAAGAAGGGAAACGUGACGUUGAGGGUGAAAACGCACGUGGACGACAUGAAACGUCUGAUGACGUUCACCAGACACUACUUCUACAGGGGGAUAAACGGCACCCCCUUCAGUCUCGUAAUAGCCCUCCCGCACCGUUACGGGUUCUACAGGGUGCAACACAAAGUGGAGAACGACAUACACAGGAUGCGUUCGCAGUUGGAUCAGCAGAUGUUCACGCAGUUUUUCACCGGUAAUUGGACCAUCCACCCCGACUGGCAAUAUUGCAGGGACUUGAAGGAUAAUUAUUUCAACACCCCCGAACAAGAACUGUUGCAUUUCCUGCGUAAAAUGGCCGAACCCGGUUGGAAGUGGUCUUCCGAAUGUGAGCGUAAAUUGUUUUGCGAAGUCGUGAACGACGCAAAAAUAACGUCGUGGUUCAGCGAAAACAUCACGACCACAUCCAAAGAAGAGAACGGGACCGAAUUCAUAAAGCGUUUCGGAAUAACGGUGGCUUUUUUGGCGACGCACAGCGGACUGACUCGCUGGCAAUACUUCCCGCAAAACAUCGAUCCGUCCGUUCACGAACCAAAUUUCCACAACGUCCACAACAGGGCGAUAGACGAGACGUGGUACAAACGUGCGGUCGAACAGCACUAUCUGAACCCGCAGAACUUCGUGUUUUCCGUGCCGUUUCACGUGGGCGACGAGAAUCACACCUUGGUGACCGUUUCGCACGCGAUCUUCCGCGAGAACAACAGCAAGGAGAAGGCGCCGGCCGCGGUUGUCGGCUAUCAACUCUACCAUUCGGCGAUGUAUUCGCUUUUCACCAAAAUCACCAACAGCUGCGGCGACAUAUCGUGCAAAAGGACGUGCGAAUCGAAGGAGUUGCACUGUUUGAUGCUGGACGACAACGGCUACAUAAUAAUCAGCAACGAUUUACAAGAAACCGGCUACUUCUUCGGGAGAGUACGUCCGGACAUCAUGGACCAGUUGGUCGAGGAAGAGAUUUACAAAAUCACCACCAUGUACGACUAUCAAGGACUGUGUCCGGAGAGUCAGGAAACCACUAAUCCUGCUUCGAGACUCAUGACACCCCUAAUUCACAUUGCGAAUGUAUUAAAUUGGUCCUUCGCCAAACUGAUCUAUUUAAUACGGACAGUGACCGGAACCGAAUUGGAAACGAUGACUUAUCCAGAACACGACGAUAUGAAAGAGGACGACAUGAUGAACGAGAGGGAGGAGGAGCAAAUCGAAAACCAACCUACCUCGCGAAGCGAAAAGGAACUGGACCACAGAUUACUGAUUAAAAAAACUAAGCCGGAGCCGUGCGACACCGUCAUGUCUUUGUACAGUUUGGUGCACUACAACGAGUCGACAAUCGGUAACAGCAGCUACUCUAAACCGAUGACGGAUUGUACGAGGCCGUUUUUGGUGCAGAAAAUCUCGAACAGCAACAUGAUAUUGCUGGUCAUUAACAACGUAUGCAGGGAAAACAGGGAGAGGGCCGAACGUACAUUGGGAUUGCUUCCUGAACCGCCGAAACAAGUCGAUUAUAAUAUGUCGCUUUCUUGUUACAGAGUAUUAAACAACAAUUUCCCGAGGCGUUUGUAUAUGAGCUGCAUUAACAGGAGUUCAAACGAGAGCGAGAUCAAAUUGUGUGGCGCAGGGACCAAAUUAACGCCUACUCUCAUAAUUCCAUUGUUUAUUUUGUUAAUAUUCCAUUUCGUCAGCUAAAAACAUAAUUUAUUAAAAAAUUUAGAUAGUUAAUA